CACUCUCCAGAGCAAUCCAAUGUCACUUCAUAUGCUGCCACAGCUGUGGCCAUCGUCACCCUUGAGGUGUUUGCUGGCCUGUGGAUAAAUGCUUUCAUUGUUUCUGUGAUUUGCGUGGCCUGGGUCAGAAAGAAAACCUUGAACUCUAAUGAGAAGAUCUUGCUGACUUUGGGAUGCUCCAGGUUUUGGUUUUUGUGCAUCACAUGGGUAUUUUUCUUUCUCUCACUAAUUUACCCCAAUUAUCUUCAUGUUCACCCCCUAUUUCAACUAGUUGAGAGUGCUCAGAGCUUUCUAAACUGUUCCAACUUUUGGGUUUCAGCCUGUCUUUGUGUCUUUUAUUGCAUAAAAAUUGCCAAUUUCAGGAACAGCUUCUUCAUCUACCUGAAAGUAAAAAUUGACAGGAUGGUGCCCUGGCUCUUGUUGGGAUCAGUGCUUUUCUCCCUGGUUAUUGGAACCAUUGUCUAUGAUAUCAUUGAUAAAGCUUUCUGUAAAAACCUCAAUUUCACCAGUCAAGGAAGGAUUUCAAAAGCAAGUAUCAGCACAGAACAUUUUUUCGCCCAUUCUUUUAUCAUUGGCUUUGGACAUGCCAUUUCAUUCACAGCAGUCAUCUUUUCUGCCCUUCUCCUUCUCUUUUCCCUCUGGAGACACAAAC